AUGACAUACAAGCUGCGUAAUUCCAAAUUUAAUUGGUUUCAAUAUGAUUUAAUGCUUACAGGAAAUACUCAUGCAAUAUUGAAGAAAAGAAUGGUUGAGGCUCUGAGCGAAUGCUCAGUAGCCAUUUUCAUUACUUCCAUUACAGAUGUGUUGUCAUUCGGAGUUGGGACUUUCACAGAUAUCAUCGCAGUCGAAGGAUUUUGUGCGAUGACAUCUGCGUGCAUGUUCUUCACAUGGCUAUACCAGAUUACAUUUUUUGCUGGUUUGAUGGUCGUUUCUGCGAAAGUGGAACUUGCGGGGAGGAACUCAGUUUUACCCUGCAUUAAGGUGAGGCGAACCUCAAGUUAAAU